AUGAGAAUCUACUCAUGGCUGGUUUUGUUGUUCCUUGUGAGUGCAAAUGGUAAGAGGAUCCGUAAUGAGCAAUUUAACAUUUUUUUCAAAUUCAGCAUCCCCUUUAUUAUACGAUAUAAUAGUCGGCUACAUUGCCGAUCGACGAAUUGCUCCUUCACAGAAAAAUGAAACUCGUAGAGUUGUCAGAGAGGCGGAGAACAACAGCGAGGUCGUGGCAUCAUUAGACUCCACAACCGAAGAACCCUUGGAGUCUACCGCCUUUGAAGCUGAGGAAUCGACCACUGAGGCCGCUGAAUCCACGACCGAAGAACCCUUCGAGUCUACUACUUUCGAAGCCGAGGAAUCGACCACUGAGGCCGCUGAAUCCACGACCGAAGAACCCUUCGAGUCUACUACUUUCGAAGCCGAGGAAUCGACCACUGAGGCUGCUGAAUCCACUACUUUCGAAGCCGAGGAAUCGACCACUGAGGCCGCCGAAUCCACGACCGAAGAACCCUUCGAGUCUACUACUUUCGAAGCCGAGGAAUCGACCACUGAGGCUGCUGAAUCCACUACUUUCGAAGCCGAGGAAUCGACCACUGAGGCCGCCGAAUCCACGACCGAAGAACCCUUCGAGUCUACUACUUUCGAAGCCGAGGAAUCGACCACUGAGGCCGCUGAAUCCACUACUUUCGAAGCCGAGGAAUCGACCACUGAGGCUGCUGAAUCCACUACCUUCGAAGCCGAGGAAUCGACCACUGAGGCCGCCGAAUCCACGACCGAAGAACCCUUCGAGUCUACUACUUUCGAAGCCGAGGAAUCGACCACUGAGGCCGCUGAAUCCACUACUUUCGAAGCCGAGGAAUCGACCACUGAGGCCGCCGAAUCCACGACCGAAGAACCCUUCGAGUCUACUACUUUCGAAGCCGAGGAAUCGACCACUGAGGCCGCUGAAUCCACUACUUUCGAAGCCGAGGAAUGGACCACUGAGGCCGCCGAAUCCACGACCGAAGAACCGUUCGAGUCUACUACUUUCGAAGCCGAGGAAUCGACCACUGAGGCCGCCGAAUCCACGACCGAAGAACCCUUCGAGUCUACUACUUUCGAAGCCGAGGAAUCGACCACUGAGGCCGCUGAAUCUACUACUUUCGAAGCCGAGGAAUCGACCACUGAGGCUGCUGAAUCCACUACCUUCGAAGCCGAGGAAUCGACCACUGAGGCCGCCGAAUCCACGACCGAAGAACCCUUCGAGUCUACUACUUUCGAAGCCGAGGAAUCGACCACUGAGGCCGCUGAAUCCACUACUUUUGAAGCCGAGGAAUCGACCACUGAGGCCGCCGAAUCCACGACCGAAGAACCCUUCGAGUCUACUACUUUCGAAGCCGAGGAAUCGACCACUGAGGCCGCUGAAUCCACUACUUUCGAAGCCGAGGAAUCGACCACUGAGGCCGCUGAAUCCACUACUUUCGAAGCCGAGGAAUCGACCACUGAGGCCGCCGAAUCCACUACUUUCGAAGCCGAGGAAUCGACCACUGAGGCUGCUGAAUCCACUACUUUUGAAGCCGAGGAAUCGACCACUGAGGCCGCCGAAUCCACGACCGAAGAACCCUUCGAGUCUACUACUUUCGAAGCCGAGGAAUCGACCACUGAGGCCGCUGAAUCCACUACUUUCGAAGCCGAGGAAUCGACCACUGAGGCCGCCGAAUCCACGACCGAAGAACCCUUCGAGUCUACUACUUUCGAAGCCGAGGAAUCGACCACUGAGGCCGCUGAAUCCACUACUUUCGAAGCCGAGGAAUCGACCACUGAGGCUGCUGAAUCCACUACUUUCGAAGCCGAGGAAUCGACCACUGAGGCCGCCGAAUCCACGACCGAAGAACCCUUCGAGUCUACUACUUUCGAAGCCGAGGAAUCGACCACUGAGGCCGCUGAAUCCACUACUUUCGAAGCCGAGGAAUCGACCACUGAGGCCGCCGAAUCCACGACCGAAGAACCCUUCGAGUCUACUACUUUCGAAGCCGAGGAAUCGACCACUGAGGCCGCUGAAUCCACUACUUUCGAAGCCGAGGAAUCGACCACUGAGGCCGCCGAAUCCACGACCGAAGAACCCUUCGAGUCUACUACUUUCGAAGCCGAGGAAUCGACCACUGAGGCCGCCGAAUCCACGACCGAAGAACCCUUCGAGUCUACUACUUUCGAAGCCGAGGAAUCGACCACUGAGGCCGCUGAAUCUACUACUUUCGAAGCUGAGGAAUCGACCACUGAGGCUGCUGAAUCCACUACCUUCGAAGCCGAGGAAUCGACCACUGAGGCCGCCGAAUCCACGACCGAAGAACCCUUCGAGUCUACUACUUUCGAAGCCGAGGAAUCGACCACUGAGGCCGCUGAAUCCACUACUUUCGAAGCCGAGGAAUCGACCACUGAGGCCGCCGAAUCCACGACCGAAGAACCCUUCGAGUCUACUACUUUCGAAGCCGAGGAAUCGACCACUGAGGCCGCCGAAUCCACGACCGAAGAACCCUUCGAGUCUACUACUUUCGAAGCCGAGGAAUCGACCACUGAGGCCGCUGAAUCUACUACUUUCGAAGCCGAGGAAUCGACCACUGAGGCUGCUGAAUCCACUACCUUCGAAGCCGAGGAAUCGACCACUGAGGCCGCUGAAUCCACUACUUUCGAAGCCGAGGAAUCGACCACUGAGGCUGCUGAAUCCACUACUUUUGAAGCCGAGGAAUCGACCACUGAGGCCGCCGAAUCCACGACCGAAGAACCCUUCGAGUCUACUACUUUCGAAGCCGAGGAAUCGACCACUGAGGCCGCUGAAUCCACUACUUUCGAAGCCGAGGAAUCGACCACUGAGGCCGCCGAAUCCACGACCGAAGAACCCUUCGAGUCUACUACUUUCGAAGCCGAGGAAUCGACCACUGAGGCCGCUGAAUCCACUACUUUCGAAGCCGAGGAAUCGACCACUGAGGCCGCUGAAUCCACUACUUUCGAAGCCGAGGAAUCGACCACUGAGGCCGCCGAAUCCACUACUUUCGAAGCCGAGGAAUCGACCACUGAGGCUGCUGAAUCCACUACUUUUGAAGCCGAGGAAUCGACCACUGAGGCCGCCGAAUCCACGACCGAAGAACCCUUCGAGUCUACUACUUUCGAAGCCGAGGAAUCGACCACUGAGGCCGCUGAAUCCACUACUUUCGAAGCCGAGGAAUCGACCACUGAGGCCGCCGAAUCCACGACCGAAGAACCCUUCGAGUCUACUACUUUCGAAGCCGAGGAAUCGACCACUGAGGCCGCUGAAUCCACUACUUUCGAAGCCGAGGAAUCGACCACUGAGGCUGCUGAAUCCACUACUUUCGAAGCCGAGGAAUCGACCACUGAGGCCGCCGAAUCCACGACCGAAGAACCCUUCGAGUCUACUACUUUCGAAGCCUUGGAGUCCACCACCUCUGAAGCUGAGGAAUCGACCACUCAAGCCGCUGAAUCGACUACCCAAGAAGCCUUGGAGUCCACCACCUCUGAAGCUGAGGAAUCGACUACUCAAGCCGCUGAAUCCACGACCCAAGAAGCCUUGGAGUCCACCACCUCUGAAGCCGAGGAAUCGACCACUCAAGCCGCUGAAUCGACUACCCAAGAAGCCUUGGAGUCCACCACCUCUGAAGCUGAGGAAUCGACCACUCAAGCCGCUGAAUCGACUACCCAAGAAGCCUUGGAGUCCACCACCUCUGAAGCUGAGGAAUCGACUACUCAAGCCGCUGAAUCCACGACCCAAGAAGCCUUGGAGUCCACCACCUCUGAAGCCGAGGAAUCGACCACUCAAGCCGCUGAAUCGACUACCCAAGAAGCCUUGGAGUCCACCACCUCUGAAGCUGAGGAAUCGACUACUCAAGCCGCUGAAUCCACGACCCAAGAAGCCGUGGAGUCCACCACCUCUGAAGCUGAGGAAUCGACCACUCAAGCCGCUGAGUCCACGACUCAAGAAGCCUUGGAGUCCACCACCUCUGAAGCCGAGGAAUCGACCACUCAAGCCGCUGAAUCCACGACUCAAGAAGCCUUGGAGUCCACCACCUCUGAAGCCGAGGAAUCGACCACUCAAGCCGCUGAAUCCACGACUCAAGAAGCCUUGGAGUCCACCACCUCUGAAGCUGAGGAAUCGACCACUCAAGCCGCUGAAUCGACUACCCAAGAAGCCUUGGAGUCCACCACCUCUGAAGCUGAGGAAUCGACCACUCAAGCCGCUGAAUCCACGACUCAAGAAGCCUUGGAGUCCACCACCUCUGAAGCCGAGGAAUCGACCACUCAAGCCGCUGAAUCGACUACCCAAGAAGCUUUGGAGUCCACCACCUCUGAAGCCGAGGAAUCGACCACUCAAGCCGCUGAAUCCACGACUCAAGAAGCCUUGGAGUCCACCACCUCUGAAGCUGAGGAAUCGACCACUCAAGCCGCUGAAUCGACUACCCAAGUAGCCUUGGAGUCCACCACCUCUGAAGCUGAGGAAUCGACCACUCAAGCCGCUGAAUUGACUACCCAAGAAGCCUUGGAGUCCACCACCUCUGAAGCUGAGGAAUCGACCACUCAAGCCGCUGAAUCGACUACCCAAGAAGCCUUGGAGUCCACCACCUCUGAAGCCGAGGAAUCGACCACUCAAGCCGCUGAAUCGACUACCCAAGAAGCCUUGGAGUCCACCACCUCUGAAGCUGAGGAAUCGACUACUCAAGCCGCUGAAUCCACGACCCAAGAAGCCUUGGAGUCCACCACCUCUGAAGCCGAGGAAUCGACCACUCAAGCCGCUGAAUCGACUACCCAAGAAGCCUUGGAGUCCACCACCUCUGAAGCUGAGGAAUCGACUACUCAAGCCGCUGAAUCCACGACCCAAGAAGCCGUGGAGUCCACCACCUCUGAAGCUGAGGAAUCGACCACUCAAGCCGCUGAGUCCACGACUCAAGAAGCCUUGGAGUCCACCACCUCUGAAGCCGAGGAAUCGACCACUCAAGCCGCUGAAUCCACGACUCAAGAAGCCUUGGAGUCCACCACCUCUGAAGCCGAGGAAUCGACCACUCAAGCCGCUGAAUCCACGACUCAAGAAGCCUUGGAGUCCACCACCUCUGAAGCUGAGGAAUCGACCACUCAAGCCGCUGAAUCGACUACCCAAGAAGCCUUGGAGUCCACCACCUCUGAAGCUGAGGAAUCGACCACUCAAGCCGCUGAAUCCACGACUCAAGAAGCCUUGGAGUCCACCACCUCUGAAGCCGAGGAAUCGACCACUCAAGCCGCUGAAUCGACUACCCAAGAAGCUUUGGAGUCCACCACCUCUGAAGCCGAGGAAUCGACCACUCAAGCCGCUGAAUCCACGACUCAAGAAGCCUUGGAGUCCACCACCUCUGAAGCCGAGGAAUCGACCACUCAAGCCGCUGAAUCCACGACUCAAGAAGCCUUGGAGUCCACCACCUCUGAAGCUGAGGAAUCGACCACUCAAGCCGCUGAAUCGACUACCCAAGAAGCCUUGGAGUCCACCACCUCUGAAGCUGAGGAAUCGACCACUCAAGCCGCUGAAUCCACGACUCAAGAAGCCUUGGAGUCCACCACCUCUGAAGCCGAGGAAUCGACCACUCAAGCCGCUGAAUCGACUACCCAAGAAGCUUUGGAGUCCACCACCUCUGAAGCCGAGGAAUCGACCACUCAAGCCGCUGAAUCCACGACUCAAGAAGCCUUGGAGUCCACCACCUCUGAAGCUGAGGAAUCGACCACUCAAGCCGCUGAAUCGACUACCCAAGUAGCCUUGGAGUCCACCACCUCUGAAGCUGAGGAAUCGACCACUCAAGCCGCUGAAUUGACUACCCAAGAAGCCUUGGAGUCCACCACCUCUGAAGCUGAGGAAUCGACCACUCAAGCCGCUGAAUCGACUACCCAAGAAGCCUUGGAGUCCACCACCUCUGAAGCCGAGGAAUCGACCACUCAAGCCGCUGAAUCGACUACCCAAGAAGCCUUGGAGUCCACCACCUCUGAAGCUGAGGAAUCGACUACUCAAGCCGCUGAAUCCACGACCCAAGAAGCCUUGGAGUCCACCACCUCUGAAGCCGAGGAAUCGACCACUCAAGCCGCUGAAUCGACUACCCAAGAAGCCUUGGAGUCCACCACCUCUGAAGCUGAGGAAUCGACUACUCAAGCCGCUGAAUCCACGACCCAAGAAGCCGUGGAGUCCACCACCUCUGAAGCUGAGGAAUCGACCACUCAAGCCGCUGAGUCCACGACUCAAGAAGCCUUGGAGUCCACCACCUCUGAAGCCGAGGAAUCGACCACUCAAGCCGCUGAAUCCACGACUCAAGAAGCCUUGGAGUCCACCACCUCUGAAGCCGAGGAAUCGACCACUCAAGCCGCUGAAUCCACGACUCAAGAAGCCUUGGAGUCCACCACCUCUGAAGCUGAGGAAUCGACCACUCAAGCCGCUGAAUCGACUACCCAAGAAGCCUUGGAGUCCACCACCUCUGAAGCUGAGGAAUCGACCACUCAAGCCGCUGAAUCCACGACUCAAGAAGCCUUGGAGUCCACCACCUCUGAAGCCGAGGAAUCGACCACUCAAGCCGCUGAAUCGACUACCCAAGAAGCUUUGGAGUCCACCACCUCUGAAGCCGAGGAAUCGACCACUCAAGCCGCUGAAUCCACGACUCAAGAAGCCUUGGAGUCCACCACCUCUGAAGCCGAGGAAUCGACCACUCAAGCCGCUGAAUCCACGACUCAAGAAGCCUUGGAGUCCACCACCUCUGAAGCUGAGGAAUCGACCACUCAAGCCGCUGAAUCGACUACCCAAGAAGCCUUGGAGUCCACCACCUCUGAAGCUGAGGAAUCGACCACUCAAGCCGCUGAAUCGACUACCCAAGAAGCCUUGGAGUCCACCACCUCUGAAGCUGAGGAAUCGACCACUCAAGCCGCUGA